CGCACGCGACAGCUGUGACGGUGUUCACCAGGCCCUCGAAAACUGACUCUCUUAAGCCCCCCGCCGCCUCCUCGUCAGGAACCCUAGUUUUUUUUUUUUCCCUUUUCCUCGCGCGCCACGCACCGUCUCUCUCUCCCUUCCUCCCCGCCGUAGGGCGGUGGCGGUUGAACCACCCUUUGAGGUGUAUGAACAACGCCGCCCCCGGAGGCCGCUGUUCGGGCGGGGGGGCGCUUCCCCUCCAGCCUCAGCCCCCGUGGGGCGGCCCAGGCUCGCAGCACGGAGCUUCUCUCAGUUUCGCUCCGCUCUUUCGGCUCCCCGCUUCUCUCCCUACUGCUGCCCAGCCGGGAACGGAGGGAGAGGAGCGUGCCGGGCGGUGCGGCGGCUCCUUCUCGGCAUGUCAGCGGCUGCCUCGCAGCCACCAUCUCGGGGUGCGGAGAAGAGGAACGGCGGGGCCUGGUUACUGGAAGAGAACCAUCGGGAACCGUUCCUGCUUCCUUCCGGCCAAGUAACUGAAGCUUCCCGGGAAAGUGGCUCCGCUGAGGGUUUGCAGUCGCAACGACAGCAAGAGGACGACGAGGACAACGACAAGUGGCAACGGGGGAGGCCGCAGCCGUGUCAUGUGGUCGAGGCACCGCCGCCUAAAGAGAAUCCCUGGACGCGUUGGAAGCCUCCCCCCAACUCCGGUAGUAGUUUAUCUCCUCCCAACGCUUCGUCGGGCGGCGAGUUAACUUCGCAGGAUCCGGAACUGCAAUGUUCUACUAAAGUCAUAAAAGCAGGAAAGUUGAAGAUAAAGAAACCCAAUAAGGCAUAUUAUUUCAGCGAUGCAACAAACUGGCCAACACCAAGUGAAAUUGCAAGCUCUGAGUGUAAAAAUGUAAGUAAUCAGAAUAAAAAACCUCCAAUAAAAAAAGAGAAAGAAGAAAAAAAUGAAAAGAAAAAUACCAAUAAAAUAAAGGAAAAUGUGGAGAUAAAUCCAGAUAUUCAUGGAGAAAAUGUUAGUGAAGAUGAGGGUCCAAUUAACAAUCAAAAGAAAAAAGGUAAUAAGCAUAAAUGGGUACCACUUCAUUUAGAUGAUAUGAAGCCAGAUAACCAAGAAAGGCCAGGAUCUCAGAACAGUUCAAGGUCCCAGCCAGAAACCAGCAAGCUUGUGCCUCACAACAACAGACGCAAUGAGGCAAGAACUAGCUGGCGAAGGGAUCGGGAAAAGCGAGAAGAUCAUGAUGAAGUUUCCAGUGUGAGGAGUGAAGGUGGCAGCGUUAGAGGAUUUUACAGAGGACGAGGGAGAGGCAGGGGAAGAGGAAGAGGACGUGGAAGAGGAAAUCCUCGAAUGAACCAUGACUAUUCGUGUGGCUACCGAGAACAGUAUAGUGAAAGGACUGAUCAGCCAUUUCAGCCAGAUCUUAGCACUAAUAUGAUGUAUUAUUAUGAUGAUGGAACAGGAGUGCAGAUGUAUUCUGUGGAUGAAACAUUGCUUAAAGAAUACAUUAAACGCCAAAUCGAGUAUUAUUUUAGUGUAGAAAACCUGGAAAGAGAUUUCUUCUUGAGAAGGAAGAUGGACCAGCAGGGAUUCUUGCCUAUAUCUUUGAUUGCAAGCUUCCAUCGUGUGCAAGCUCUCACUACAAAUGUAAACUUAAUAUUAGAGGCCUUAAAGGACAGUACUGAAAUAGAAAUAGUAGAUCAGAAGAUGAGGAAAAGGAUAGAACCAGAAAAAUGGCCAAUUCCCGGUCCUUCUCCACGUAGUCUUCCACACACAGACUUUUCUCAGCUUAUUAAUUGUCCAGAGUUCAUACCAGGCCAGAUUUUUUGUUCUCAUACAGAAUCUGCGCCAAGUUCUCCAAGAAUAGGAAGUCUAAAUACUAAGAAAAGCAUUGAAACAAGCAAUCUUGAAGUAAUAUCCAAAGCAUUAUCUACAAGCCUCCCGGAUUUGGAUUCUGAACCUUGGAUAGAAGUUAAAAAAAGACAUCGUCCCUCCUUAGUUAAGCCAAAGGAAUCUGGGUCUGGACGUGAAGAAUUGACAAAUCAACAACCGCCGCCACCAUCUUCUGAAGAACAGGAAGAACUUGAUUUUUUGUUUGACGAAGAGAUGGAACAAAUAGAAGGCAGGAAGAAUACAUUCACAGAAUGGUCAGAAAGUGAUUCAGAUUAUGAAAUUGAUGAUCAAGACUUAAAUAAGAUUUUGAUUGUGACACAGACUCCACCGUAUAUGAGAAAACAUCCUGGAGGAGAUAGAACUGGCAACCAUGUGUCACGUGCAAAAAUUACAUCAGAACUUGCCAAAGUUAUUAAUGAUGGAUUAUACUACUAUGAACAGGAUUUGUGGAUGGAGCAAAGUGAAAAUGAUUGUAUUGCUAUGAAGCAAGAAGUUGAAAAUUUUAAGAAGUUACAUCUCAUCAGCAAAGAAGAAUUUGACAGUCUUACUCCUGAAUAUGUAAUGGAUUCAAAUCAGGAUGAUCCUCCUGGUCAUUCAAAAGAUGUUACUGAAGAGCUGGCUUGUCAACUGUUUGGUGUCCAGGAAAUACCUCCAACAACAAUGGCUCGUUCACUGCCAACAGCUCUGGCUUGUCAACUGUUUGGUGUCCAGGAAAUACCUCCAACAACAAUGGCUCGUUCACUGCCAACAGCUGUUCCUGAAUCUCCUGGAGUUCACCCUACCAGAACACCUAAAACACCUCGUACACCAAGACUGCAAGAUCCUAACAAAACACCAAGAUUCUAUCCUGUGGUUAAAGAAGCAAGAAUUAUUGAUGUUGGGACACGAAGGAAAAGAAAAACACGGCAUAGUACCAACCCUCCAUUAGAAAGUCAUGUUGGCUGGGUAAUGGAUUCCAAGGAUCAUAGACCAAGAACAUCUUCCAUAAGCAGUUCAAAUGCAUCACCACUAGAAGGUGCUCCGCUAUCAGGAAGUUAUGGAUGUACCCCUCAUUCACUUCCUAAAUUUCAACAUCCUUCUCAUGAACUUCUGAAGGAAAAUGGUUUUACUCAGCAAGUAUACCAUAAAUACCGCCGUAGAUGCCUAAAUGAAAGGAAACGAUUGGGAAUUGGCCAGUCUCAAGAAAUGAAUACCCUCUUUCGUUUUUGGUCCUUUUUUCUCAGAGACCACUUUAAUAAGAAAAUGUAUGAAGAAUUCAGGCAACUAGCUCUAGAUGAUGCAAAAGAACAUUAUAGGUAUGGCCUGGAAUGCUUGUUCCGUUUUUAUAGUUAUGGGCUGGAAAAGAAGUUCAGGCAAGAGAUCUUCAAAGAUUUCCAAGAAGAAACAAAAAGAGAUUAUGAAUCUGGCCAACUUUAUGGGCUAGAAAAAUUUUGGGCUUAUCUGAAGUAUUCACAAUCUAAAACUCCACCUAUUGAUCCCAAACUUCAGGAAUACCUAUGCAAUUUUAAAAGAUUGGAAGAUUUCAGAGUUGAUCCUCCGAUUAAUGAAGAAUCUGGGAGAAAAAGGCAUUUACCUGGUGAGGAAAGUGAUCAUCGCAGACAUCAAUCUAACACGGCUUCCAAAAUCCUUGCUGGUAAUUCCACAGCUGUUUCUCAGACGUGGGUCCCAAUAAAUUUUCCCACUACAAAUACUGUACAGGAGUUGAAUAACAGCAUACACCAGAAUAGUACUGCCACAAAAUCAAGAUGUGAUAUAACUGAGCAGUAGACUUUCAGUAAGCUUGAACCUUAAGAUCAACUCCUAAUGCCAGUAUUUUAGCUCAAGGAUCCUCAGGGAGAGCUAUUUUAAAGCUUGAUUAAAAACAAAUGUAUAGGAAAAAAAAGAAUUGCAUCUGCUUUCUGACAGGAUUAAAUUCCAAGUAAAUUCAAUUAUAUUGAGUUCAAGCAUCAUGAGAGAUCCUUGGGAAAUACCUAUUACUCUGUUGCUAUCCCAAGUUACUGUUUACAGCAGCAGCAUUCCAAUAGUAUAUAUAUAAAUACUUUGGAAUGCCUUACAAUCCAGCUCAUAUUUUUUUGAGGAAGUUAUAUUCUUUUUGUAGUGUAGGAAUGUUUCACCAUCAGGUUAUCUAUCAUUAGUUCUACUUAUAAAAGCCAAAAAGAAAAGUUUUGAGAGACAUAUAUAAUACAUGCAUUUAAAUUGAUAAAUGCAUUUUUUCAAUAAUAACACAUGCUCUUCCAACACCUAGUUCUGAAAUCUGUUUUGCUUUUCUGUUUCUUUUGUUUCAGGGUUUUGAGUUGAGUAUGGAGUUUUUAAUUUAGGAACAGGUUGUUUAGUUUCAAAGACUUUUUUUAAUGCCGAUUCUUAUUUCUACUUAAGCAAAGUAGUUUGCAAAGAGGAUGAAUUAUGACUGUCUUGUCAUAAACUUAGUAAAUUUUAUAUAUAUAUAUAAGUUUGAGGAAAAGGAUAAAAAGACAAAUAGGUCUGUAAUCAUCCUCCAGUUUGAAGAAAUACUUGUAUUUUUCUGUUUAAUUUCUCUAUUUUAUAAGUGAUUUGCAUUUUUAGGAGAGAUUAUUUAAACAAUUUAAUUAUAUUUUAUUAUUUGACACAGUUUUAAUUUAAAAGGGAUUUGGAAGAAAAUGUACUUAGACUAAAAUAAUUAAUGUCAAAAUCGCUUUAAAUAUGUUUAAAAUCCCUUGUUUUACCUAAGACCAACUGUACUGUAAUUGGCCAAAGUGUCACUUUCUUUAAAUGUAAAUGAUUCAUUGAUUACACAUUAUUUAUGUCAGGAGGUGAAAAUUAACAGGAAGCAUCCAUGAAAUAACUAAUUGUAGUUAUUGUGAUUUAAAUACUUAAAAUAAGGGAAUGGAAAUCAUUCUUCCAUAAAAUGGAAGAAAAUGAUAGAAAUAGGUGCAUUUUUAUUAGAUACAGCAAAACAUAUUUAGCAGUCUUCAGGUUACUUUCACAAAUAAAGCCUACUAUUGUUGAUGCCUUAUUGCUGGGAAAUACCCUAAGUGAUCCAACACGUAGAUUGGAUUUUUGUGCUGGAAAUUUUAUGAAGUCCAUUAUAUAUUCCUGAAAUAUUGCUUGAGAUUCUGAAUUUAACAAUUAUGAAUAUAUGUGCAUAUUUAAUAUGAAAAUAAGUGGAUUUCCCAGCUAUUUCUAAUGGAAAUUAGCAUUUAAGAACUGCUCUAUUUUUUGAAGACACUAGGAAUUCAUGAUACCAGUUUUAUAUAGCAUCUUUUCAGUUUGCUGAAGUUCUACAACUCAAAUCUCUGUUCAAUCUAUACCACCUCCUCCAUGAAAAUGAUGCAGUUGUAAAUUUGGAUUUAAGCUGUAUAUAAAAGAAUUAUAUUUACAUUCAUUUCUUUAAAUCAAAUGUGUGAAUAUUAGCUUUUAGUAUGCAUUCUUUGUGGUAUAUUUGCAGAUUUUAUAAAAAUACAAAAAAAAACUCGC